AUGGAUGAUACAGAGCGACGCACCGCAAAGCGUUCGCGCUUCGACCAGACUGUCCCGGAGCCAAAGCGCGCAUCUCGAUUUGACAGACGAUCGCGUUCCCCUCCAGCUGCAAAGCAGUCAGAGUCACGACGAAGCAGAAGUCCGCCUGGAAGAGCCUCGGGCAGUCCCGCACCAGACACCGUAAAGAAAGUCCCUACUGAUGCUGCUGCCGCUGCAGCUGCCGCCGCUGCCAGGAUCAAUGCGCAAAUUCAAGCCAAGAGAGGCAUUCAGCAUGUCGAUGUCCCGCCUAUCCGAUCUACACUGAGCCCCUCUGCCGGAAAGUCAGCGUCACCAGGAGCAUCCGGUGGAGGCAACAGCGCAAGCACAGUUAAUGGUGAGAUGUAUAUUGUGGACGGCGACUAUAUCAAAGACAUCGAAGUCAACGAUCUGCGCAACCGUUAUACACUGACCAAAGGUGCUACUCAAGAGAUGAUCAAGGAAGAAACCGGAGCUGAUGUCACCACGCGUGGAAGCUACUACCCUGAUAAGAGCAUGGCCACGGCUGCUAAUCCUCCGCUUUACCUCCACGUUACCAGCACCACCAAACUAGGCCUUGAGCAGGCGGUUGCGAAGAUUGACGAGCUCAUGAAGCAGGAACUCCCGAAUCUAGUUGAUGAGCGGCGAUUCCGUAGACGAGAACCAGAUCAAGUCGAAAGAGACGAAUUUGGAAGACGAAAAUGGCCCGAGGAGCGAAUUCCGAUCGAUUUCGAACCGAUCCCUGGCUUCAAUCUCCGCGCUCAAGUUGUCGGUCAUCAAGGAGCCUAUGUCAAGCAUAUCCAGCAAGAGACUAGAUGCCGUGUCCAGAUCAAAGGGCGAGGCUCUGGUUUCACAGAGUAUUCAACUAAUCGCGAGAGUGAUGAGGACAUGUAUCUCCAUGUUGCGGGACCUGAUCCGAACGACGUCCAGAAGGCAAAGGAGCUUUGCGAAGAUCUGCUAAAGAAUGUGAGAGAUCAGUAUGAAGAGUUCAAGAAUAGGCCACCUCCACAGCGGGGCUAUAGCACCACUGGUUACGGAGGUGAGCGUGGUUAUGGCGAUCGCGCUCCUUCUGAUAGGUCACACUCCUACAGUGGAGGAGGUUAUGGAGGAUAUAGCAAUUCGCCAGCCCCGAAUACCCCCAGUACCGUCAUGAGUCCGGCUGCUGCUACCGCGGCACCUGGUGCUGCCAGUCCUACUGCGGGGGCUGAUUAUGCUGCCCAGUAUGCCCAAUAUUAUGCUAAUGGGGCCGAUCCAUAUGCAGCUUAUGGUGGAUAUGCAGCGUAUGCCCAGUACUAUCAACAAUACAUGGCUGCAGCUGCUGCUCAAGGCCAGCAACAAUCUCCUCCACCUGGUGCUCCUGGUGCUGCCGCCGGGGCCCCUGGCUCUGCUCCUCCACCACCCCCCAGCGAAGCACCUCCCCCACCACCACCAUCCGGAGCAGCCCCGGGCGUGGGCAGUUACAGCGCUGUUCCUCCACCACCUGGAAUGUAA